UAAUAGAAGUAUGUGUCCUUUGUCACUAAGAUUAUAUGUUAAACAAUAAGCAUUUACAAAUGAUCCAUGAAAAUAUCCAAAAGUCGAAACAAUUUAAAGUGACGUGGGAAGUGGUUAAACCAAAAAAGAUCAGGACCUUUCUUGUACAUACAAAAUCAGUCACAUGAUGUCGCUGUACGCUCAAAAAGUGAAAAGGAAUCCGCGCCCAGAUUCCAACAAUUCACAGAAUAGGGUCGACUCCAUCUCAACUGGAAUUCUGGGUAAAAUUUACUAAACAUACGGUACUUACAGCACAGGGAGACUACUCAUAAAGGUUCACAGGCAACCGAUCCCUUAAAACAGACAUUCCUACCUCAAAAAUCUCCUUAUCUGCGAUGGUGAUUUCCUGGCGAGGAAGACCAGGAGCCUGCUGCCUGCUGCUCUCGCUUCUGCUCCUUGCAGUCUGGGAGACUGGGAGUGGACAGGUCCACUACUCGGUCGCCGAGGAGGCCAAACACGGCACCUUCGUGGGCCGCAUCGCGCAGGACCUGGGGCUGGAACUGGCGGAGCUGGUGCCGCGCCUGUUCCGGGUGGCGUCCAAAGGCCGCGGGGACCUUCUGGAGGUAAAUCUGCAGAAUGGCAUUUUGUUUGUGAAUUCUCGGAUCGACCGCGAGGAGCUGUGCGGGCGGAGCCUGGAGUGCAGCAUCCACCUGGAGGUGAUCGUGGAGAGGCCGCUGCAGGUUUUCCAUGUGGAGGUGGAGGUGAAAGAUAUUAACGACAAUCCACCUGUGUUCCCAGAAAGUAAGAAAAGAAUAAUCAUUGCAGAAACAAGACCUCCGGAUACUCGGUUUCCACUAGAUGGCGCAUCCGAUGCAGAUAUUGGAGUAAACUCGGCCUUGACCUACCGAAUCGAUCCCAACGAUUAUUUCGCUUUGGACCCACAAAACAAUCGUGAACAAACGUCUUCGUUAACACUUGUGUUGAGGAAAUCAUUGGACAGAGAGGAAAUUCAGGAACAUAGUUUAUUAUUGACAGCCAAUGAUGGAGGUAAACCCCAGCUGACUGGCACAGUUCAGCUGGUGAUCACAAUUUUGGAUGCGAAUGACAACGCCCCAGAAUUUGACCAAUCCAUUUACAAGGUGAGAAUUUUAGAAAACCUAUUUAAUGGAACAUUAGUGAUCAAGCUAAAUGCCACAGAUCCUGAUGAUGGUAUAAAUGGAGACAUAAUCUAUUCAUUUAGAAGGCCUGUAUCGCCUGUAGUGUUAAAUGCAUUUAUCAUAAAUCCCAACAGUGGAGAAAUUAGGACAAAAGGUAAACUGGAUUUCGAAGAAAAUAAAUUGUAUGAAAUAUCGGUGGAGGCAAUUGACAAAGGGAAUAUUCCAAUGGCGGGUCAUUGUACCAUUUUGGUGGAAGUACUAGAUAUAAAUGAUAAUGCCCCAGAAGUUACUAUCACUUCUCUGUCUCUUCCUGUGCGUGAGGAUGCUCAGGUGGGCACCGUCAUCGCCUUGAUCAGCGUGUCCGACCGUGACUCUGGCGUGAACGGGCAGGUGACCUGCUCACUAACACCCCAUGUCCCUUUCAAGCUGGUGUCCACCUUCAAGAAUUACUAUUCGCUGGUGCUGGACAGUUCCCUGGACCGCGAAAGCGUGUCGGACUAUACUGUAGUAGUGACCGCGCGGGACGGGGGCUCGCCUUCACUAUCGGCCACCGCCAGCGUGUCCGUGGAGGUGGCCGACGUGAACGACAACGCGCCGGCGUUCGCGCAGCCCGAGUACACGGUGUUCCUGCUAUGA